AUGUACCUUUUAAUGAGUAAAUUUUUAGUCUGGAUAAUAAUUUUUGGUCAUUUUUUUCUUGUUCAUUUUUUUUUUUGUUUUAAAAUUCCAAAUAAUAAGAUUACGAAUGUAUUAACAUAUGAUAAUUUGAAGAAGCAAAGAAUUAAUAGCAAACAUAAUACAUUUUUUUAUAAAAAUGAUACCCUAAAUAAGUUAUUAAAUAGAAAAAAAAAUAAGCAUAUAUUAUUUUACAGAAGUAAAAAGGAAAAAGAUAUUCAAGAAUCGGGUUAUUUGUACCCUUUUGAUCAUCUAGAAAAGAAAAAAACAAAAUUCCCCCCAGAUCCAUAUAUUCCUAGUGAACAUGAAAAAGAAAGCUCAAUAGAUAUAUUUCAUGACAAAAUAAAUGAUGAUGAUUUAAUGAUCUAUGAAGAUGAUGAUGAUGCCAAAAAAUAUUUUGGAAAAACCACUUUUAACACGCCUAACAUUAUUCAGAAAGAUGAACAUUCUGAAGAUGACCAAGAUGACGAUUUAAAUGAUCAAAAUGAUGACCUUAUAAAUAACCCUACAAAUAAACUUACAAAUAACCCUACAAAUAACCCUACAAAUAACCCUACAAAUAACCCUACACAUAACCCUACACAUAACCCUACACAUAACCCUAUAAACAGUCCAAAUUACCAACAAGUUACACAAUCUAAUAUUAUCCUAGAAGAAGAAAACAAUACAAACAAAACAGAUAUUGAAAAGGACAUAAUAAACAUAAACUUUUAUUCAUCUGAAGAAAAAAAAAUUGCAUGUGAAAUGAUAAAAGAUCAAAUAUAUUACCUACUUCAUUCGAGUAUGGAUAAAACGUUUAUUGAAACGUUUAAUAUAAAUAUUGAAUCCCACAUAGUUCCAAGUGAAAAAAGGAUUUGCGUAUCUUAUAAUAUGAAAAGUCAUACUUUUAAAAGAAGUAUAUCUAAUUUAUCUGACCUAAUUGAAUUCUCUAAUAAAUUAAAAUAUGUCCUAGAUGAAAGAAUUCAUAAAUUAUACUAUGAAGAUAAAAAUAAUGAAAAUGCUUAUUUAAAUAAGACUUUAAGAAAAGAACUAGAAAUUGGUAAAAAAGAAAGAGAUGUUACAAACUUAUCUAAAAAAAAUUUACAAAUGAGUAUUGAAUCCUCUUUAAAAUUAAUAGAAAAGUGCAUGCAAAAUAUGUAUAAACAAAAUUAUGAAAUAACAUUACAUGAUUUAAAAUUAGCUUAUAAUAUGUUGCCAUGUAAAUACUAUGGUUUUUUCUUAUCUAAUUUAUGCUCAACCAUAUCUACAUUGUCUUAUUAUGUAAACGAUUUACAAGGUACAUUUAAUUUUGCCCUAAAAUCUAUAAAAUACGAACCUAAAUAUAACGUUGCGUGGAAAUGCUUAGGUGAUGCUUAUAGAAGCUUUAGAAAAUUUUGGCAAGCUAAAAAUUUUUAUGAUAUAGCUAUAUAUUUAGGAUAUAAGGAUGAGAAAGGAGAAAGAUUUGAAGAUAUUGUUCAAGAGUUGAAUAAUUUAAUAGAAAAUGCUCUGAAAAAUGUAGAUUUAUUAAAAGAACAUAUGAACAAUUCUACAAAUAUAAUAAUCAAAAAGAACAUUGGAAUUGUUUUAAAUAAAAAUCCAGAUUCAAUAGGUGGUUGUUAUGUAUCUUAUAUAAUAGAAGGAAGUAAAGCUAGUAAAAAAAAUCUUCAUCAUGGAGAUCAAAUUGUAGCAUUAAAUAAUCAUGUUACUUAUGGGAAACCAAUUGAUUUCUGUUUAAAAGCAUUCCAAAAAAAUGAUGGUACUUAUGAUAUUAUAUUUUUUAAGGGAAAUAUUAUAGAAUUGUAUGGUUUAAAGGCUUAUAAAUAUUUAAUGAAAAAUGAUUUAUUCUACGCACUCUUUGAAAAUGAACAAAUUGUAUCCUUUAAAAGGAAUGAAACUAUCUUAUUUGAUAUGAAGGGCUUUGGCACAUUUUCCGAAUAUGGAAUGUCGAAAGCGGAAUUUGUAUAG